AUGGAAAAAAUUUAUAAAGUUCACAUAGAUAACCUAGAUAAAGAUAUCUAAGUAGACAUAAAUGAUAAUGAGACUUUGGAGAAAUUAGUUGAAAAAAUAAGAGAUUUAUAGAAAUUACCUUUUCAGAAUGUAGAUGUGUUUUGUGAAAAUAAUAAAUUGGAUGUAAAAUUCAAAAUCAACGUCCUAAAUAUCAAUAAUUCAUCAAGUAUAAAUGUUAAGCUCUUUUACUAUGUUAAAGUAAAAGUUACGAAUGAAAUGCAAGAAUCCUGUGAGAUUUCGAAAAUAAACAUCUAUGAUAAAUUAGCAUGCCUAAACAAACAAAUUUAUAAUGAGUUUGGCAUUUCAAAUUAUCAUUUGGAUCUCUAUUAAGGUUAAACUCUCUUGGAGCCUUAUCAAUCACUAUACCAAUAAUAAAUUUUAAAGGAUUGUGAUUUGAGAUGUGUAGUGAAGCCAACCUUCUUAGUAGAAUAUAAAUCUGAAGUAUACACCUUUUUCACCUUAUUAAAUGAAGAUUUUAAGAAUAUUAAUGAAAAGGUUAAAUAGAGAUUAAACUUAAAGUUAGAUUUCGAGCUCAUUUACAAUGAAUAGGUAAUUAAUAACGAGGGUGAUAACUACUAUAAUUAUUCUAUUCCUCAAAAUUAAAAGCUAGAACUAAAAAUACUAGAUAGUGUCAUACUUAUCGUAUCCUCUGUUGAGACCCAAAGUUUUAAAGUAAGUAAAUCUGUAUAAAUCUAAGAAUUAACUACAUAUUUAAAGUAAUUAUAUUCAAUUACUGAGGAGGUAUCAUUAACAAAAGGAAAUUAAAAGUUGCUACCUGAAUAAACAGUUUAGGAACUUAAACUUAAAGAUUAUGAAAUACUAAAAUUAGAAUAAAUAACGAUGUCGGAUUUAUAUCUGAUAAAUAACCUCAAUCCAAAACAGUAAUUUAAAAAAAAGAUUGAUAUUCCUAUUACACUUAAAUUCUUACAAGAUCUACCUUAAUUUAAGGAGAAAAAGAUUCAUUUUUAUAACAGUUCUCAGUAACAAUUAUCGAAUUAAGAUGAAAUUAAGUUAGAACCGAAAAUAACCAUCUACUAUAAGGAAAUCUCUUAAAGUUAGAUUUUUUCUUGGUUGCAAAUAGGGUUUCUGAAUAAACAAACCUAAGUGAAGAUUAUAAAGAAGGUACCUCAAAAUGAUAUAAUCGAUAAAUAUAUAUAGGAAUUGGUUGGAACAUAGCAAUCUAACUUUUGGUUAGGAGAUCAAUAGAUUUCAAAAGGACAUACCUUUGAAGGGAUUGGAGCAUAGAAUAAUGAUUGCAUUACCUUUGAAGUAAUCAAGAGAAGUGUUUUGGUCUCAUAUAGGGAGUAGAAUCAUAUUAUUGAAGUUUAAGAUGAUUGGACAUUUGCAAAAUUAAAAUAAACUCUUUUGCAUUAAUUUUAGAACUCUACGAAUAAUUAUUGUUUGAUACAUCGCGAUGCUUAACCUGAAUUACAUCAAAACAUUCUUGCCAUAUACAAAGAAGGAGAUGUCAUAUUAUUCACAGAUUAAAAACCUAGUCUCGUAAUCAAUUAGAGCAGAAUACUUGAUAAUAUGAUACCAAUUACAAUAUACAUUGUUGAUAAAUAAGAUGAAAUAACACUAAAAGUGAAGUGCAAUACGACGGUCUAAAAUUUGAUUGAUAAAUUCAAAAAACUGUUUCAGAUUAAUGCUUCCAUUAAUUUUAUCUUAAAAUUAAACCAAAAUAGACUUUAAGAAACUUUUGAAAUUAAUUCUACUCACAGCAAUGCAAAGUUCUUUAUAGAGUAAGUAAAAAAUUGAACUAUUUAAAAGUUUAUAAUUUAUUAUAUAAAAUUAAUGUUAGUAAAAUUCUAUUGCAUCUAAUUUGGAUAAACUUAUGUAAUCCCAGUUGAUCCUAAAUCCGUUUUACAAUAAGUAGUAGACUCUAUAAAACAAGAAUUUAGAUUUAACGAUGCUACUUCAGCAACUGCCUAUAUAAAUGGGAAAAUUAUAAAUUGUGAUCUCACCAUAGAAAAAUUAAACAUAGGAGAAAAUAGCAAAAUAAAUUUGCAAUUUUUCUUAUCUGAGUACAUUAAUUUUUAGUUGAAAGAAGAUGGAAAAUAAGUCAAGACUCUCAUUAUGAAUAUUUACAUCAGUAUUUUGGAGGCUGAAAGGUAAUUGGCAAUGCACAUCCUAACUGAUUAUCAUGUGGAAAUCAUCCUUAAUGACAAAAAGUUAUGCAAAUCUACGUCCUUAUAUUCAAUCGGUUCAGAAAAAGUACAUAAAUUCCAAAUGAAGGUAAAUCUAUAAAUUAAGAAUUUGGAUAAAUUGUACUUCUUUCGAUUCUCAGUCUUUGACACAAUCUCAAAUAUUAAGUAGAAAAUACGAAAUCAACUGCAAAUUAAAGGAGGAUUUUGGAUGUUUUAUAAUGAUAGAAUUUAAAUAGACAAGAUGGAUAACAUGGAAGAAACCAUUUAUUCAUUGCAAAUACCAAAUUAUUAAACCUUGACCAUAAAUAGAUAACAACAUAUAACUUUCGUUUAUAAGUUUAAUUAAUGUGCCGAAUAGUAUUAAAUUUAAACAAAUCAAAGUUUGAGAGACAAACUCGAUGAAAUAAGAAGGAAACAUAGAGUGCUUAAUAAUUCAGAAUAUUAAAUUAAAUGUAAUGGAUAGGUCGUUCCUGAACUUCCCAUAAGCAAGGAUAAAGAAUUUCUAAUCGAAGAUGUGAUAGAGGUGGAAGAAAAUAAGGAUGAAUCAACUAUUAUAACAAUCAUUAACUUCUUUAAUAAGACAAAUAGAGAACUUAAAGUAGUUAAUAUAAAAUAAACAUUGGGAGCUUUAAAAAAUAUAAUAAAAAAUUAGAAUGAUAAAUGCACUAAUGUGGAAUUUAUAUUUCAUGGUAAUCAAUAAUUAGAUGAUGAUAACAAAACAUUUUAAUAGUUAGGCUUCGAAUCAAAUAAGCAUUACUUAAUAUAAUAUGUGCUUUAUGAAAGUAAGAAAUCAUCUCGCAAUAACAUUAAGCAAUAAUAGAUAAAGUAAUAUAGAAAAGAUAUAUUUGAACACAAUAAGAAGUAACAUUUGACUACAAUUUCACAUAACAGAAUCUACUUUACUGAGAAUGAGAAUUUUAAUGAAGGAGAUAAAACAGAUAAUACGAACAACAUAAUUGUAAAUAUUAAUUGCAAUUAAGGAAAUUAAGAUUUUCAGAUCCCUUAGUAAGUAAUAAUAGAUGAAAAUAUGAUCAUAUCUCAAUCCAUAAUCUAUAAAGCAAUCUAAAAAUAUAAAGAUACCUUUAUUCUUAAAUAUAAUGAUAGGCCAGUUGACAUAGGUAAAAGUUUGAAAGAACUUGGAAUAGAAAAUGAUAGCAUAAUUGAGGUGGCUCUUUAUACUGAUUAUUAAAAGUAAGUUGUUUCAUAAGAUGAGGAUUAAGUAAAUAAUGCAGACGUUAUUAUUCAAAUUUAAUUUUUUAAGGACGGAAUUUAAAGAAUGGAGUAAAAAAAGUAUAACUUAUAUACAAUAAAAUUCGCUUUGAUUAAAAAAGCUCUAUUAACUGAAUAUUAAUUACCUGAUAAUUAUGAAUUAAUGUAUAAUGGGAAUAGAGUAAACUUGAAUUCAAAUAUUUAAGGUGUUAUUAAAGAAAGUGAAAAUCUCUUCAUUUUGGAAGAACAAGUUAAUUCGAAUGAUAGAAAACGUGUUACUCUUGUUCUUAAAAUGAUUCCAGAUGGAUCUCCAAAAAAUCAAUCAAUUCAAGUUGAUAAAGAACUUGAACUCUCAAGUCUAUAUCAUUUAGGUAAUCUAAUAUUUAAUAUUAUUAAGUUCAAUAGAAAAUAAAACAACAGAAUUUCACUUUAUUUUAUGACGGCGAAGCAAUUAAAAACUAAAAAGAAACCUUUCUAGAACUGAAAGACGACAGAGAAGAGGAAGUUGAAGUCCUUCUCGAAGAUGUUCCCUCAUCUAAUAUACUAUGA